GGCCAACAACGUCAGCUGAUUUACAAUUUAUAGUGUACCCGAAAUCGCCGCAAAUUUCAAAACCAAAAUAUGUCUCGAAAAACAAAAAAAGGUUCCAAGAAAAACAGCCAGAAAGAGAACAUAAUUAAAAUUGAGCAUGAACUGUCUGAGUAUCAAAAUUUUAAGAAGGAGGAAUAUACCAUGCUCUUCACCAAUUACCGAUUGAAAACAUUUUCGGAAUGGCCGUUCGAUGGAGACAACUCGUGCAACCCACAAGCACUUGCAGCAGCAGGAUUCUACCAUAUUCCAACAAAUACAGAGCCAGAUGCCACACGGUGUUUCUGUUGUUACAAGGAACUGGAUGGCUGGGAACCAGAUGAUAACCCUUGGGAAGAGCACCAAAAACACUCUCCACACUGUGCAUUUCUGACUUUGAGUAAAUCAGUGGAAAAACUAACAGUGGACGAAUUCCUGAAGUUAGAAUGUGAAAGACAGAAAAACAAAAUGAAAAAAUAUUUUCACAUGAAAAAAGAGGAACUGAAACAACAUGCAGGGAAUGUUCGUGCGGAGAUGGCAAAAAUAAACCGAUGAUCUGAGCCAAGCAAAGCUCAGAACUGUGACUGUAAAGAGGGAAUGUGAAGACUAAAUACAUGUGAAGCUGUAAUACAGAUAUUGGUGAAGAACUUGAAUUUACUGGUGCAAUAAGGCAGUGUAAAUGUGAAUUAUAUCUAAAUGCUUGCUGUGAUGAAUGAAAGGCAUGGAAGACAGGAAAGAAUGCAUUUAAUAUGAUCAAUGGGCUAUUUCACAUAAUAUCAAAACUGAACUAUAAAACAUAACCCAAAAGAAAAUGAGCACAAUUUUGGUUACUGAAUUCAGUCUGAAAAUUUUAAAUGUGAAAAAGGUCUAAUUUUUCAACAAGUGGGUCGAUUUAUACAUUCUUGCCAAAAUAUUCAGAUACAAAUUUAACUUGUAUGUAAAAGCUCUGGCCAAUUCAGAAAAAACAACAAAAAAACAAUAUUGGUUUGGACUCGAUUUUGAUCUCAUGAGUGUUUGAAAUAACUUCAUUUGUAUACUUGUGGGAUAAUUGAUUAGAAUUGUUCAGAUUUGCCAAUGAUACGUUUAUGUAUGUAAUAGGUAGAAUUUUUAUUUGUUUAGUACUUUCCUUUGUGGCCCUUCACUUUUUAUACUGAGAUGUUUUACAUUUUAACCCUGUUUUGAUUAUUAAGCAGACAGAAGUAAUUAGUGGUGUCUCUAAAGAGUACUUUUGAUAUCAUAUUUUCUGAGUGUAAAGCAAACUCCCAGGAUGACGGAGACAGACAAAAUCCCUUCUUUGGUUUUGUUAAAUAAACUCUUUAAAAUAUAAUAAAUCUUUUAAGAUGAUAUUUAUCAUCAUUGAAAAAUAACUUCAUUAUUUAAAGCCAACGAAGUAAUGCUAAAUAGUUUCACUGGAAAUAUGAUAGCAAAAUUUGCCAGCAGUUUAAACCAGAAUGACCAAUCUUAUGUUGGAAAAUAAUGACAAUAUAUGAAAUUGUCUCUCCUUUGGACUUAUGUUUUCAUGAAGUCUGUUCAUGUUGUAUCUCUGAAUGUUGUAGGUCUGAAUUCAUAUGUGUUAUGUCUGAACCUGACCUUGUAAUGUCUGAACCUGUCUGUGUCAUAUCUCUGAACCUGUCCAUGUCAAUGUCUGAACCUGACCUUGUAAUGUCUGAACCUGUCUGUGUCAUAUCUCUGAACCUGUCGGUGUCAUAUCUCUGAUCCUGUCGUGUCAUAUCUCUGAACCUGUCCGUGUCAUAUCUCUGAUCCUGUCCGUGUCAUAUCUCUGAUCCUGUCCGUGUCAUAUCUGAUCCUGUCUGUGUCAUAUCUCUGAUCCUGUCCGUGUCAUAUCUCUGAUCCUGUCCGUGUCAUAUCUCUGGACCUGUCCGUGUCAUGACAUAUCUCUGAACCUGUUCGUGUCAUAUCUCUGAUCCUGUCUGUGUCAUAUCUCUGGACCUGUCCGUGUCAUAUCUCUGAUCCUGUCUGUGUCAUAUCUCUGAACCCAUCUGUGAUCAUCAUUCUUUUCAUCAGUGUCUUUUACAAGAAUGGUUUCAUUUGUCUACCACAGAUUAUUACAACAGGGUCUGUAAGUUAGUUUAUCCGUGUGAUUGUUUUAGAAUUUGUCAUGGAUUAACAUCACAAGACAUGCCGAGCUUACCAUUAUUCAGAUAUUUUUAUACUAAGCAUACUUGCAAACUUCUAUUUCCAUCUUUAAGCAUCUUUUUACAGAUUUUAUUGGUAAGAACCUGGCACUUACUGAGGCUUGAAUAUUUCAAAUGCUUAAAAAAGGGCACUUGAGGGAAUUUCUCCUUAAAAUUUCUGAUAAUUUGUUCAUGGAUAAAGAUGUAAAUCUGAAUGGAAGGUAUUUAAUGAGAAUUGUUAUUCAGCAUGUGAAGUUGUGCAUCUUGGGUUUUAUUUGGGAUUCCCUCUCCCACAAAAAUAAAUAAAUAAAUAUUUUGUUUUACCAUUUCAAUGUUUCUUGAUGAUGUUUUGUAUUACCCAUACCCACUAUGUGGACUCCCACCCUAAAUCCAUUGUAAUAUGAAGGUUAAUUUAGUCUUGAAUUAGUCUCCCCCUCACUGGGGAAGACCUGUCCAUCCGUCCGUCACACUUCAUUUCCGAUCAAUAACUGGAGAACCAUUUGACCUAGAACCUUCAAACUUCAUAGUAUGGUAGGGCUGCUGGAGUAGACAACCCCUCUUGUUUUGAGGGUCAUUGCAUCAAAGGUCAAGGUCACAGGGGCCUGAACAUGGAAAACCAUUUCCGAUCAGUAACUUGAGAACCACUUGACCCAGAAUGUUGAAACUUCUUAGGAUAAUUGGUCAUACAGAGUAGACUUCACCCUAUUGAUUUUGGGGUCACUUGAUCAAAGGUCAAGGUCACAGAAGCCUGAACAUUCAACAUGGAAAACUGUUUCCAAUUCAUAACUUGAGAACCACUAGGCCUAGAAUGUUGAAACUUAUAGUGAGAUGACUUGACAUGCCAAGUAGACGAUCCCUAUUGCAGCCAACCAUCCGUGUCUCUGACUUUAGCUCCUGUCCCCAAUUGACUGCUUGCCUGCACGACUAUGCAUUGGGGGAGACAUGCGCUUUUCUAUAAAAGCAUCUUCUUGUCGGCAAGUAACAUAUAAUUGUAUAGUGACAGGAAGUUUGAGUACUAGUGCUCUAUGGACAUGCAUGUACUUUUGUUCUCGACCCAUUUUAUAAAAGAAAUUCAUGUAUAUUCUGGGAGCUUACCAGUAAAUCAGUUAACCUGAAAGUCUCUUGUUUUACUUCAUCUCAAUUUUUUCAGACAGUUAAAUCAUUUAUUGCAUAGCUUAUUGAGGGAAAACUUCUGAAGGUGAUGUAUAAAACAGUGCAAGAUGCAUAUAACACAAAAUAACAAUCACUUCAGGCGUUCACAGAAGCUCACCACUUGCAGAAUUUCAUCCUUUUUUAACGGAAUGCAGAUGGAAAGAAGCACACUACUUACACUGGGUAUUUAUAACUGUAAAUAGUACCAGUAAUAUUUUAUUUUUGAAUGCUUGGCUGUAACAUUACUUUUGUUUAUAUCAACAUGCUUUAAUAAAGAAUAAAUUGUUCUGCUGAUAUCUGA